AUGAUAAGAGCAGGAACCGGCAUCCAGGAACAGAGCCGUUUGCUCCUCCCUCAGAAUGGAGACCAGAAAUCAGAUAUUUAUGCCCAAGAAAAGCAGGAUUUCAUUCGGCACUUCUCCCAGAUCUUUAGAGUGCUGACUGAGGAUGAGAUGGGGCACCCACAGACAGGAGAUGCUAUUGCCCAGCUCAAGGAGGUCCUGGAGUACAACGCCAGUGGAGGCAAGUAUCAGCAGGCUUUGAGAGUGCUAGUAGCAUUCAGGAAGCUGAUAGAGCCAAGGGAACACGAUGCUGAUGGUCUCUAGCGGGCUGCUGUGGGAUGGUGUGUGGAACUGCUGCAAACUUUCUUCCUGGUGGCAGGUGACAUCACAGAUUCAUCUCUCACCCAACGGGGACGGAUCUGCUGGUAUCAGAAGCCAGGCGUAGGUUUGGAUGCCAUCAGUGAUGCUAUCCUUCUGGAAGCAUAUAUCUACCGCCUGCUGAAGCGCUAUUGCUGGGAGCAGCCCUGUUACCUGAACCUGCUGAAGCUCUUCCUGCAGAGUUCCUAUCAGACUGAGACUGGGCGGACGUUGGACCUUAUCUAUGCUCCCAAUUCCAAUUCCUUUCGUGCCGCAGGCUGCCGCCACACCAGUUCUUUGGCGUUGCUAAGGCAAGAACCUUUGGCGUUACAUAAUGAGUAUGGGUUUAGACAAAGCCAUAGGUAG